UGUCUUAUUGUGAAGGAGCAGAGCGGAAGUCACGUGUCUCUGUUUUCUCUGCGGCUCACUUUAGCCUCAGCGGCUAACUGACCAGCAGGCUGACCGUCGGCCAGAGUGCCGCCGAGCAAGCAGCUCAGUGUGCCGGUGAGUGUACCGCGUGGGACGCCGUGUAAAAUCCACGGAGAGAACUUCAGGAUCACAGCGAGCUGCUAACGCUGCUCUUAACCUCCAUGCUCGGCUAGCAGGGCUAAGAGAGCGGCUUCCAUUAUCGGACGGUCCUGGUGACGGGGCUGAAGCUGUAAGGAGGAGGAGGUGGUCAGGGUGCUGCUGACGGAGCUGUGAGGAGGAGGAGGAGGAGCAGAAAACAUGGCAGCUGAGGCUUGCGGUGGGAGCCGCUGCACCUCCUGCUGUUGAAGCCCGGAGAGCCGCACGGCCAGAUGGAGCCUCUGUGAAGCAGCAGGAUGAUUGAAGGAAGGUGAGCUCGGAUCAGCUACUUCUCACUGUGCGCGCGCAGUAACAGCAGUGUAAUGUAAGGCCAUGCUCGCUCGCCCACCAUGACCAGUGUCACGCUGCGGUACUUCUGUUAUGGCUGCCUCGUCACCUCGGCCACCUGGUCCUUCCUGCUCUUCCUGUAUUUCUCCAUGGGGGCGGAGCCUGACCGCGGCAGGAUCCCCGUGAGGCAACGCGGGCAGCCGAUCACUGAAGGUGUGGCCGAUCGUAGAGGGGGGCGUCGGCCUCUGCUGCCCAGUAAGGGAGUGGAGCUUUCACCAGAGAUGGGGAUGAUCUUCAACGAGGCGGAUCAGGAGGUUCGGGACAGCGGCUACCACCGCCACGCCUUCAACGUCCUCAUCUCCAACAGGCUGGGCUUCCACCGCCAGCUGCCCGAAACCAGAGACGCCCAGUGUCGCGAGAAGUCCUAUCCCGUGGCUCUACCUUCUGCCAGCGUCGUAAUCUGUUUCUUCAACGAGGCGCUCUCCGCCCUGCUCAGGACCGUGCACAGCGUGCUGGACCGCACGCCGGCCUACCUGCUGCACGAGAUCAUCCUGGUGGACGACCACAGUGAGCUGGAGGAGCUGAAGGACGAGCUGGACCGUUACGUCAGGGCGGAGCUUCAGGGGAAAGUCCAGCUGGUGAGGAACCAGAGGAGGGAAGGACUCAUCAGAGGACGCAUGAUUGGAGCCUCACAUGCUACAGGUGAGGUGCUUGUGUUUCUGGACAGCCACUGCGAGGUGAACCAGGCGUGGCUGCAGCCGCUGCUGGCGCCCAUCCAGAAGGACCACCGCACUGUCGUCUGCCCCGUCAUCGACAUCAUCUCCGCCGACACGCUCGCCUACUCGCCCUCCCCCAUCGUCAGGGGUGGCUUCAACUGGGGGCUGCACUUCAAGUGGGACCCUGUGCCCCCCUCCGAGCUCAGCGGGCCUGAGGGAGCAUCCGGACCCAUCAGGUCCCCCACCAUGGCAGGUGGGCUGUUCGCUAUGAACAGGAAGUACUUUAACGAGCUCGGCCAAUACGACGCCGGCAUGGACAUCUGGGGGGGAGAGAACCUGGAAAUCUCCUUCAGGAUCUGGAUGUGCGGUGGUCAGCUGUUCAUCAUCCCGUGCUCCAGAGUCGGCCAUAUCUUCAGGAAACGGCGGCCCUACGGCUCGCCGGGCGGCCACGACACCAUGGCCCAUAAUUCCCUGCGGCUGGCACACGUGUGGAUGGACGGGUACAAGGAGCAGUAUCUCUCUUUGCGUCCAGAGCUGCGCAACCGGAGUUACGGCGACAUCGGCGAGCGCGUGGCGUUGAGGAAGCGGCUGCAGUGCCAUUCAUUCCGCUGGUACCUGGAUACGGUCUACCCUGAGAUGCAGACUGCGGCCAACGGCAACAAGCAGCAGCCCCUGUUCAUCAACAAGGGCCUGAAGCGGCCCAAAGUCCUGCAGCGAGGACGGCUACGGAACCUCGCCAUCAGACGCUGUCUGGUUGCCCAGGGCCGGGCCAGUCAGAAGGGCGGCGCUGUCGUUCUGCGACCGUGUGACCCCCGAGACCCUGAUCAGGUGAUCCGAUCACAUGACCACACGCAGCAUCGGUGUACCGAAUCACCGCAGAGAUUUGUGAUUCCUGGCGGCAGCAGGGGUGGAGCUAAAGUACACGUUUACACAAACGACUGGGCGUACGACGAGGAGGGUCAGCUGAUCCUCGCAGGUCUGCUGUGUCUGGAUGUGUCAGAGGUCAGGACUUUUGACCCCCCGAGACUGAUGAAGUGUCACGGCUCGGGGGGGUCGCAGCAGUGGAGCCUGGGGAAGUCCAACCGGAUCUACCAGGUCUCCGUCGGUCAGUGUCUCGCAGCCGUGUCUCAACCAAUAGGACAGAAAGGUUACGUCUCCAUGGCGAUAUGUGAUGGCUCACAGACGCAGCAGUGGCAGCUGGAGGCCUGAGGAGGACGCUGCGGCACCAUGGACGGAGGGACGGACUGAUCUCCGAUUCUCACCUGCUUAUUUGAUGUUUCGUGUUUUUCAUUUUAAACUUGAUGUUUCAAUCGCAGAAGAACUCCACCACGCCGCACGCCACACCCAGGCACGCCUGGAACUCCUUCAAGGUCCUUUUAAGGACCUGGAAAGUCCUGGAGUCUGGCGUCGCGGUCGGACUGAUUUAAUCUGAUCCGUGAUCUGAUGUUUACUUGAUUUCAUCAUGAUUUCAGUUCAUAUCUGGAGCCGUGUGCUCGCUUUUUAUGUCUGCGUCAGCCUUCAUCAUGUGAGCUCUGAGGCGUCUCCGACCUCAGAGAAGCACUGCAGUGUUUACUGUAGGGUUUUUAUCGCAUUCACACAGGAAGUGCUUCCAAAGCAGCGCGGCGACGGCACUUCCUGUCCUCCUCAGGUCAAAGGUUGCUGUAAGUCCAGAGGUUUUGCUUCAGAGGUCUGUUAGCUGCAGAGAGCUGGAAUAAAACUGAACACUCGCUCACUGAAGGACUCGGAGCGUCGUCGCUGCUCUCGUGUCUCCUCGUGGAAGCCUGAUGAUGCUGACCUGCCGCUCGUGCACAAGGAUCACGUCUGCAGUUAUUUCUAAUGAGAAGCUUCCUCGAUGAAGUUGGUGCGAGCAUGCACGUGAGAUCAGUUCUGAUGCCACCGAUGAUAGGAAGGAAGGGGGAGCUUACUUACUGUCAGGGUAAUCCACAGUAGGCGUCACAGCCACUUUCCCUCGAGCAGGUUGUUCCCCACGCUCGCUGAAACAUUUCCGUUGCAGCGUGUCAGAACAGGAAGCGCUGCCAUGCUGUCACAGCAGCGACUCGCUCUUUAACCCUCGUUAACCGUGAAGGUCAGAAUGUUGUAAAUGUGAGUUUGUAGAAUAAAAAGUGAGGAUGUGAACCUUUAUUUUAAAAUUUUGACUGUUUUAAAUCCACAGCUACAGGAGAAAUAUCCAUGAAUGUGCAGAUUAAUAUUUACACAAAUAUACUGAAAUGUUAGUUUGUUUGAUUAAACCUGUCAGAUCAGUGACACUGCUUAACUGCGCCCUCUAGAGUCACAUGCUCAGAGUUGUGUUUCAGUGACAUCUAGUGGCCAAACACGAGACAGCAGCAGGGUGUAAAUGAUGUAAACACAGUUCAGUGAAGACGGCCCGGUGGCUCAGCCCGUUCUGCAGUAGCUGGGAGGAGGCAUGCACACAACAUGGCCGAUGGCGUAAACGCCGCGCUCCACCCAUCGUAGCAGCUGCAGUGUUGUCAGCGGUGAGCUCGGGCUGCGAGGUCACCAAUGACUGUAAAUGAUCCUGAAAAAGCCUUGUGUUCAUCUGGAUGUCUUCAGUGGGACGCGUGUUGUCAUCAGCUGACUUUGUCAGUCUCAGCUGCCUGCAGCUCUCUGACCUUUGACCUUAAACACUGCCCGUGUGUCAGUUUACAGUAAAUGUGCCCACAGUCUGUGAAGGCUAACCUGACACUGUUCAUAUCCUCCCUGGUGAAUUUGAUGUGUCCACCGAGUUAAUGUGAUCGGUGAACUGUGGUAAUUCCUGAGAUUUGAUUUUCACCCAGGUGUCAUCCACCUGAACCAAUGCCAGUGACGUGGUGGUGUUCCAGGGUAGGAUAGCAGAGCCCUCUUUUCCACUUCUUCCAUGUACAAGUUGGGUGAAUCUGGCACACGCAUGUUUCUGCUUGUAGCACUGACCCUUGUAUGUACUGACCUCACAGCCUAUUGUUAGUCAGUGCUGCUGGUGUCAGUCAGUACUGUUUAUAAGGUUGGAGACCUGCAGUCAGCUGACAGUGACGGAGUCACCUGAUGAUGAUGUGCAGGUUAACAGAAGCACCGGUGUGUGAGACAGGCUGGACCCUCCAUAACCUGUGAAAAUGAUCAUAUAUCCAAACUUUUUUUAGUCUUUAAAUUCAGAAACAAAUCUAAAUGUGUCCCGUGUGUUGUCAGCACCACCCAAUGAAAAUGACGAACCCUCUGCACCACCAGUCCGACUCGGGAGGUAAAAAUGUUUCCCUCUGAUGUCAGAUAAUGAGUUAGGGAUGGAGGGGGAGAGGAACCUAAAGCAGGUAAAGGAGCACAGGGGGUGGGGCUUGGAAGGAGGGCCACAGUUUCAGAACAGAAACCGCGCCAUCCUCCUUUCUAAGGCUUUCCUGUCUGAUAAUAAUAAUAAUAAUACAUUUUAUUUGAGGGCGCCUUUCAGAAACCCAAGGUCACCUUACAAAGAACAAAAUUAAUAAAAGGAGCAAUAGUCAUAAAAUAAAUAAAAUAAGUUAAAAUUGCAAAACAGAACUUGACAACAGAUAAAAUCAGCACUAAAGCGAAUAAACCAGUUUGAACAGA